AUGGCAGCAACAUACCCUAUGCCUGAUCCACCGGUGCUGAACAACUAUGCUAUUACUCAAAGACUCGACAGCUCUGCUACCGAGACAGCCGGCAGGGACAAGUCCAUAGGCUACCUGGACAUCUUCGUCCACCAGGCGCGCGACAUCCACAAUGUUUGCAUCUACCAGAAGCAGGACGUGUAUGCAAAGCUGAGCCUCACAAGCGACCCACAGGUGUCGUGCUCGACCAAGGUGAUCAAUGGGGGCGGCCAGAACCCGGUGUUCGACGAGGGUCUACGGCUAGACGUGCGCAGCACGGAGGCGUCGCUGAGGUGCGAGGUGUGGAUGCUGAGCAGGGUGAAGAACUACCUGGAGGACCAGCUUCUCGGCUUCACCCUCGUUCCUCUGUCAGACAUCCUUCUGGCCGAUGGAAAUCUGGCCCAGGAGUUCUCCAUGUCGUCCUCCGACCUGCUCCACUCACCGGCCGGGUUUGUGCACCUGUCCUUGUCUUAUGUCGGCAGCUCCCCGGAUGUCAUCGAGAUCUCAUCGCUCAAUAAGUCGGCGUCGGCGGUCACCGACAGUGGAUAUGGCAGCUUGGAUCCUUGUGAGAUUGAAAGGAUGGAGUUCCCAGACUUGAACAUGGUGAACGAGAAUGAAAUGAUGGUCUCCAAGUAUUUCGAGAUGGACUGUGAGAGUGCAGUGAAGGCUGAGAACUGCAAGUUACCACAGCAUGAUGCAGAUGAGCCUGGUCCUGAGGUCUCCAAAAUCAAUCCCAAGGAGUAUCCUGACGAAAGCCCUGUGAGCUGUGUCUCGACCACGGGCUCCUCCCCGGAGCUCUCUGGCACGCUGCAAUCGGUCUCUGAGCCGUCCGAGACCGCCGUCGCGGCGGCAUCCUCCACCGGAAGCCAGAGGGAGAAGAGCCAGGGUGUCACUACGGAUGGCGAGGCCGAUUCUUCUGAGGCGCCAUCCAAGGAUGAGGUUGCCCAGCCUGCAGUGAUCAGCGUGAACCUCCAGCCCAGGGAAUCGGUUGUCCAGCAGGACAUAGUUGACAUGUACAUGAAGAGCAUGCAGCAGUUCACUGACUCCCUUGCGAAGAUGAAGCUCCCGCUGGAUGUCGAGAACGGUAGUCCCUCGGCUGAUAACAUCGACUCGAGUGCAACAGAGAAGCCGUUGCCAUCGCCGUCGUCGAAGGGUCCUAGGGUCUUCUAUGGAAGCAGAGCCUUCUUCUAA